AUUCCUCGCAGCUACGGCUACGCAAAGCUUUCCUUCCUGGUUCCCUCCCCCGGGCCGCACGAUACCUUCCCGAAGAGGCCACAAAUCCAAGCUGCUAACUCCCAGCGCAAUCCGGAAUCCAGGCCUCAUCAGAUCCUCACCUCUCUCUGCGAGGCUCCCAUUGGGUUCCGCUCCGGAGCGAGUCAACCCGUCGCAGCGCUGCGGGUGGAGGAUCUCGUCCGGCCGUACCACUUCGGCGGCGGGUAGUCGUCUGGAUCCCCAAGAUGGCUUCUUCAAAUGAUGAGGCUGAACACCAGUGGAUAGAGAAUCUUAAGUCCGGAGGAGCUGUUCCUUGUCUAGCACCUGAAAGCUGUCCUAAUGGCUGGGCUACACCUCCUGGUGAUUCAUUUAUGGUCAGAGGCCCAGAAUAUCUUACAAACAAGGUAAAAAUACCUGGUGGAGAAUAUCUUAUGAAGCCUCUUGGAUUUGAUUGGAUAAAAGGACCAGCAAAAAUCUGUGAGAUCCUGAAAGACAAGAACCAUCGUGUUAGGAAAGCCAUUGAUGAGGAGGUUUCACUUGGUAAACAGCCUUUUGUCUGGGCUUUCAACUUGCAACUGCCCAAGGAUAACUACAGCGCAAUAUUCUACUUUGUAUUGCUGGAACCUAUACCUGAAGGCUCUCUUAUGGAUCAAUUCUUGAAAGGUGAUGAUGCUUUCCGGAACUCCAGGCUUAAAUUAAUAGCGAAUAUCAUUAAGGGACCCUGGAUUGUUCGUACAGCUGUGGGUGAACAAGCCAUUUGUAUAUUGGGAAGAGCUCUCUCAUGCAAAUAUGUUCAAGGAUCAAACUUUAUUGAAGUUGAUGUGGAUAUCGGAUCUUCUAUAGUUGCAAAUGCAAUUGUGCAUUUGGCAUUUGGUUAUAUUACAACACUAACUGUAGAUUUGUCCUUUCUUAUUGAGAGUCAAACCGAAUCAGAGCUCCCUGAGAGACUUCUUGGAGCCGUAAGGUUCUCUGAGUUGAGUCCAGGUUCAGCUGGUCAGUACGAAAGGCAGUCUGAAGAGCAUCAGGAAAGUACUCAGUCUCGGCCUGUCGGAUUCUGGCAGGGUUUCUGGUCAAACAACCAAGGCAACCCAUGGGAGCCAUCCCCUAGCUUACAGAAUACUAAUGGAAACUUGCACAAAGAAGCAGGAAAUGAAAAUGCUAAAUGAUAUUCUUCAGACCCCUACUAGAAGAGAUCAAAACCAUGUCUUCAUCAUUUGGGGGUCAAUUUAUCCAUUCAUCAUUGCAUUACAAUUCUUCAGUAGGAUGAUCAGUAUCAGAUAGUCCCAGGGCUUGUUUCUUUGCCUCCACAUCUGCUGUAAAAAUUAUUACACUGGCCACAUACAAGCUGCAUAACUCUGUACAUAAACUGAAUGCCUCCUAAAUGUUUAAAUAUCUCAUGGAAGAAUUGUAUGAAAUUCAGGGCGAAAAUGUUUCAUUCUGCAGAAUAU